CGAGGUGUUCACCGGGUAUGUUGAUAUUUGCGUAGACUUUUUUCAAAGUUUGCCCGUUUUUGGUACCUAAAUUUUCUUCGUUCAAUUAUUUGUUACACAGCAUUAUAAUGUUGGCCUUGGGUCCGAAAAAGGACGGUAGUCCGAAUGUAAAAUUUUUCGAAUCGCCCGAAACACUAAACAUGUUGGAGGGCGUUAGGACGUGGCUAAUGAAAAAUCAUAAAAAGGUAACGUACCCAACAUCGUUUCUAAUUCUCAGUAAUUGUAUUAUGUGAGUGCACAGUUAUAUAUUUAGAAGUUAUCUACAUGUUAAGGCAUCUUUCUGAGAGAUAUGUAAACAAUUUUUUAACUAUAACUAUAUGUAAUGUGUGAUGAAUGCAAUUUUUAGUAUCUCCAAGCAGAUCCACCGACCAACAAAAUACUCGCUACUUUGGUCUUGCAGUUGAUUCAGUUUCAAGAAGAUAAUCUUGGCAAAAAUGUUAGCAAACCACCACUCACUCGCCUGCCCGUAAGUGUUUAAAUGUUUCUUAUUUAUUUUACUGAUAUGACCGACAAUAUUAAUGUUGUGUUCAGUACACGUCCAAAAUAGAUAUGGUAAUUAAUACUUUAACUGAUUAUGAUAUCUUCUUAGAUACGUUGUUUUAUGGAUUUCAAACCAGGCGGUGCUUUGUGCCAUUUGCUGGCUACCGUGUACAAGUUUAAAGUGGAACAGGGUUGGCGAAGAUUCGAUUUCCAGGUCAGUAAGGUAUGAUUUGGCGAGACGAGCCUUCAUUUCACCUCACCACUAACCACUAAUCGGACGUGCACGCCUGACCUGUUAUUAUAAUCCCACGCUGUCAAUUUGUGUUGCUAUAGCUCGUCUCCAAUUUAAUUUUAUUGGUAUAUUAUAAUAAUGUGUACAAAAUUUGUUCAUGUUGCCCGUGUUGUGUGCUUGUUUUGUGGCAAUCACAAAGUUAAUUACAUGCCAAGCACGCACUUUUUGCACCUAUCUAUCCUUGUUCCUUAAGGUUAAUUCCUAAUCCUUUGCAAUGUAUCUACGCCAAUGGAUUAUACAAGUAACAUAAACAAGUACAUUUUUUCUAGUAAAAUGCAGAAUAACAAAUUUAGUAGUAUAUCAAUAAUUAUUUAUAGAAUAUAUACAUGGUUUUAAAUUACCUUGUACACAUACAUUUUUGAGUAGACACAUCUCAAAGUGACUGCUAUGUUAAUCGAUUACUUAUAUUCAAUUUCAAUUAUAUAUAUAUAUAUAAAGAGAGAGCGAAAGAAAGAUGGAUUCAUCUGAUUAUUAGCUUAACAUAACCAAAUUAAAUGGUUUAUGUAUUAUGGAAAUAUUAUUCGUUCAUUUCAAUUUUAUAAAACAGUAUUUUCGCGUGCUUUGUGUUAUCUUUUUGGGAAAUGAAUCUUAGCAUUUUUUUUUUAUUGAAAAUAUGAUAAUUGAUAUCAGCUCCUGUUUGAAUAAUAAAUAAAACUAUUAUUGUCUUGAGGUUAGAAUUAAUAUCUUUGGUAACAUUUUAUUACAAAAUUAAUAUUGUUUUAUUCAUCUUCUUCAAUAUUAUGAGGGAACUCAAUAUAGUAAAAAAGAUAACUGUAAUAGUUAAGUUAUUAAAAUUUAAACUUUUUAAUUUAUUUACAUUUUAAGCAAAAUAAUAAAAAUUAUAACUUAUAAGUAUUAAAAAUAAUACUAACUUAUUAGUUUUUCAGUUAAUAUAUGUGCUUAAAAUUUAUGUUCAAAAAUUCAUCUUAACUAAUAUAUUCUUUUAUUUUUAAAAAUAUAUUAAAAAUAAUUGUUUAUCUUAUACAUUUAUAAAUUUUUUUUUUUAAAUUUUAAUUGGAAAUUCAUAAUUUUUCAAUUAAAAUCACUAAAAUAUAUACAAUUUAAUGCAAUGCAUAUUUUAUGUAAAUAUUAUAAACUAGGUAUAUGCUUGAAAACAAAGAACUUUUUUCGCAUGAUUCUGCUAUUAAGGCAUGUAAGUGGUACUUUAUGUUGGGAAUUGAAAAAAAAAAAAACAUUUUAUUAUUGGUAUAUAUUUUAGCCAUUUACUAUGAUCAAAAAAAAAAUUAUUUUUAUCAUGAUUCAAAACAAUAAAUUCACCUUUUUCACAUUAACACGUUAAGAAAUAAAAAUGGUAUAUAUAAAAUUAAACACUGCUCUAAAUUCUAAUCUCAGUCACUAGCUGUUUCUUCCUCUAGAAGCUAAAUCCUAGAAAUGAUAUGUACCAUCUGUUUUACUUAUGUUUGUUGUGAAAGUGUUAGAUAAGAAUACUAUAAUUUCCAUAAAACCAAAUAAAACUACCUUGAAAAAUAAAUACAUUUUCAUCUAACCUUAUGUUUAUUCAAUAUUCUUUAAUUAUUAUUAAACAUCUUAUUAGCUAACUGAUUCAAAAAUAAAAAUGUUGUGUGCUAUAGCUUCAGAUCUUCAUAUAUGACCAGUCAAUUCUAAUCUUUUGCUUUUCAGAUAAUGCAUUUUUUGAAUAGUUGGCACAUUUCCUGGUUUAUUAGUUUUUCAUAUUCUCAGUCCUUUAUUAUACGACCAUAUCAGGACUAGGCUUAAUACUAGUUGGGUAUAACAAUUGGCAUUUUUUAAUUUUUGUCUUAUGAUUUUUCAUGAUGCUAAUACUGUUAAAAUGUUAUAACUUACAAAACAACAAAUAAUAAUAUUUUAGUAAUUGUUAACGAAUAAUUUAAGGAAAAUAAAAAUUGGAUAUAUAUGGUAAUAUUUAGGUAAACCUAUACAUGUGUUUAUAAAAUAGUGAGUCCCCUAUGACAUUUUUAAAACCUAGCGCCUCUGCUUACACCUAAUUAAAAUUAACAAAGCACAGAUGCACUUAUUUGCCAUAUUCUUAGUAUUUUUCUAAAAGCUAGAUUCCUCUUUCUUAAAAUUACUUUGGGAGUCUUUAAUUAUGUUGUUAACAUAGAAUUCUAGUCUUCGUAUGAUUGCCAUCAACACUGCAGUGUCUUAUAGUGAAAUUCUGCUAUAGUUCAAUGUUUCUAUCAGAUCUCCUUUGUAAAUGAUUAAAUUUUGAAUUUAUUAUAAUCAUAAGUUCUUAAAAUUAAUGACUUCUAAUAGGUAUAAUUAAUAAAUUGCCAUUAUGGUUGUGUUUUCAUUGUACAUAGUAAAUAUAGUGUAUGUUUAAUUUUUAUAAACAUAUCUAUAAAAAAAUGUUAAUUAUUACUUAGUUAUUAACCAAUUGUUACCAUUUGUAUUAUUCAAAUUACAGUAAAUAUUUAAUUGAUUAAUGAUGAUAUAUUAUUAAUAAAUAACAUUCAUCUUAAAUUGUUAUAAUAUUUCAAAAUAUCUGCUAUAACAAUUGGCCUUUUUAUAAUGCACCAUUACAAAAAAAAUAUUAUAAAAUAUAUAAUCAUAUUUUAUUACUCAAAUGUUCAAAAUUAUAUCAUCAAAUCCUUUUUGAUUUUUUUAAAAUCAUGAAAUUUAAAUAAAAAAUGUUUACCCUAUUUGCUGUGAAUUGCUGUGAUAAGUUUAUAAAUUAUUAUUUAAAAUUGGGCUGAAAUAUUGCUUUAUAUGUUUCAAAUUAUAAAUAUUUUGGUGUAUAUAGAAAUAGUUUAACAAAAUGUGUAUGCUUAUUUAUAAUAUGAACUAAUAUACUUCUUCUAUGAUCUUAUACUAAUUCAGUUAUUAAAAAUAUGAAGGAAAAUACUUAAAUUAUAUUAUAUUGUUAAUAAAAAUGUAUAGAACAUUCAUUCAAGAUUUUGUAUGAAUAAUUCCUGUAUGUGAGUUGAUUAUUAUUUUUAAAGAGAUAAUUUCAAACAAUAGUACUUUUCAUAUUUCGAAACUUAAAAUAUUAAGAGAAGUCCAUAUUUACUGGCUUAGUCCUAUUAAUGGGCAACAUAACAACUAUGUUAAUUGAAAUUACAACCAACAUAUUAUGAAGAGAAAAAUAUUUUUGUGGACACUAUGUUUUUUUCUUCAAAAUAUUAAACUAAAAAGUUAUUAUUUUGUUAUUUUUUGCCUUUUUAAAAUAGCUGUAGCUAUUUUGAAUUAAAAACAAUAUGUCACUUUCUUAAAUAUUUUGUUUAAGUUUCAUUGAUUAUGUUCAAACUUAUAUUUCAAUUUAAAUUCCAAAAUAUUAAUUUUAAGUUAUAUAAUCUCAUUAUUUUACCUGUUGGAUCGAGAUUAUUAGUAUCACGACUCAUUUAGAAAAAAAUGUUGGUUUUGGUCCAGCAUAAUUUAUUUUAUACUCCAAAAAUAUUUUAAGCUGUUGUACAUUUUUAUUACAUUCUUUAAAUGCAUUUUAGAUUAUUAUAAUUUUGCGGAGCUACACAAAGAAGUUUUUAGUAAUUUACAUUUCUGUAUAGUUAAUAUUUAUUUCAAAUUCAUAUAAACAUAUUUUAUUAUUAAUUUAUUGUUUAUAAAACAAUUAUAUUAUAUUUCUUUAACUGCAAUAAUAUCUUAUAUCAAUUGUAUAAAUGUGAAUUAAUUAUUUAUUUGGAAUCCUUCACUCAAAUUCUAAUAUGUUUUUAUAGUUUAUGUGGAGUAUAUAUGAAAGUAAAUUAUUUUAUUUGAUCGUAAAUGUUAUUUUUUUUUUUCUUUGGUUUUUUUCUUAGAGCCCUUCUCGUAUGGAUAGAAGUAUUGAAAUGUUUAUGAAUGUUGAAAAAGCUUUGAUUCAUGCAAAAUGUUUAUCUAUGCCAGUUAUUCUUAUUAAUCCAGAUGUUGAUAAAACUGUUCAAAAUCGUAUAAAGGACAUCAUAAAAAGGCAUCAAGGAACAAUUACAGGUAAAUACAUCUUUCUAUACAUUCAAAAUAAUAAGAAUACACCAGUCGGCGAAUGAAAAAAUAUCAGUAGGAGUUUGACUAAUAUACAAAAUAUGGGUAAACCAGUACUCAUAUUUUGUAUAUCUCCUCACUUUUCCUUCCAGCUAUUGGGAAGUUUUGCUAAUUAGCAGUUAAAAAAUAAAUAUUGCUUCAAUUUUGUAGAAAAUGAACAAGAAGCUACACAUAUCUUGUUUCCGGUUGUGGACCCUUUGGAUGAAGAAUAUGCUAGACCAGUAUACAAAAAUAAAGAACGCUGGACACAAAUGCAUUGGUAUUAUUUCCCUGAUUCUCAUGAUUCAUGGGUAAAUAUCGAGUUGCCUGUUGAACCUCCUGAAGUGUUAUAUGGGAAUCAACAUCCUACUCCAUGGAGGGUAAAUUUUUUAAAUAUUAACAGCGUUGAACUAUUUUUAGUUAGUUUAGUUUAUUUUUAGAAAAAAAUAUUCUUUAUUAUAUAUCUCUAAAAAUAAACUUUUUCAGAUACCUACUAAAACACCUUUCACAGUUUUCUUUCUAAUAAUAUGCAUCUUUGUUCAGGUUUAAAUUUUAAAAAAAAUAUGACAAUUUUAAAUUAAAAGAUGUAAAUUAUCUAACUGAGCUCUUUUACUCAGAAUUUCAUGCAAUCAGUAUUUAAACAUCUCAUUGACAAUUGAGGCCUUUCCAUAAGACUAAUUAUGUUUUGCUAGGCUUAUUACUAAUUAUUUAUUUUUAUUUUCUAGGUCACUGCAUCUUGGGUCUUAGAUUUAGAUACUUAUAAUGAAUGGAUGAAUGAAGAAGAUUAUGAAGUUGAUGAAACUGGCAAAAAAAAAGUUCACAAAGUAAUCAAGACAUAAAUGUAAAAUAUUUAUUUCUAUAUUUUAUUAAAUAUUUUUUUUAUGUUUAUUAGUUGCGUCUUUCCGUUGAAGAUUUUAUGAGUAAUGAUCCAUCUAGUGGUAAAAAAAAACAGAAACGAAAACGGACACCAUCACCACCAUCAAAACCAAAUAAACGUAAAAGGUAAUACUAUUAUUUUAUAGUUUAAUGUAACAAUAUUUGUAAUUUAAGUUAAUAUUUAUAUUUUGUUAGUGGGCGUGGAAGUUCUGUUAUGAGUGUAAAGAAAAAUAAAGUCGAUGAUGAUAGUGACGAUCUUACUAGAGACCUCGAAGAUCCUAUAUCUGAACCUAAUAUUUCUGAAAUUAAUGUCAAUGUAUCACAAGUAAAAACAGGUAAGUGUUAUUAUAUUUUGUGUGUUUGUAGUUUUAUAAUAUAUAUUUUGAAAUCAGGAUCAUCUUCGAAGAAAGAUAGUGAUUCUCAGCCAAUUAGGAGUGGUACCCUUAUGGAUUUAGAUGAAGAUUUAGAUAAAAGUGAAGAUAAUAAAAAUUAUGAUAGUAAUGCCCAAGAUGGCACAAAUUGUCCUGUAUCUGGAGUAUCUAGUACCGGAGGUGCUGUUUCUGUAGUUAAAGAAGAAGGUCCAGAAGAUAAUGCUACUGAACAAAUGCAUCAUAUUGUAAUACCCAGUUAUGCUGCAUGGUUUGAGUAUAACUCAAUUCAUACAGUUGAAAAACGAGCUUUACCAGAAUUUUUCAAUAGUAUGUAUCAAAAGAUAGUAAUUGCCUAAAUUCUUAAUUUUUAUUAAAUUAGUAUUUUUAUAUUUUUGUUUAGAUAAAAACAAAUCUAAAACACCUGAAAUAUACCUGGCAUAUAGAAAUUUUAUGAUUGAUACAUAUAGACUUAAUCCAACUGAAUACAUGACAAGUACAGCAGCCAGACGUAACUUGGCUGGUGAUGUAUGUGCAAUUAUGCGAGUUCAUGCGUUUCUAGAACAAUGGGGUCUAAUUAACUACCAAGUAUUUAUUUAAUAUAUAUAUAUAUAUAUAUAUACAUUAAUUUUAGAUUACUUUUAAUGUUUAAUAUACAAUGAUCAAUUAAAUUAGGUUGAUGCAGAUAGUAGACCAACAGCAAUGGGUCCACCACCUACAUCUCAUUUUCAUAUUUUAUCUGAUACACCUUCUGGUUUGCAACCAGUAAACCCUCCUAGAACGCAACAACCUUCUGCUGCUAAAACACUUUUGGAUUUAGAGAAAAAACCAUCGACAACAGAUAAAGAUUCAGUUAAUCAACCAGAACCAUUAUCUAGUUUUGGACUUAAAUUAGAUCAGUAAGUGUUUAAGUUACUAAAAGCAAACAGUUUUAACUGUUAUAUUUUCAAUAAUUAUAUUUUUAGGUAUGCCAAAAAACCUGGAUUAUUAAGGAAUAAAACAGCUGCUGGGAUGACAAGAGACUGGACUGAGCAAGAAACUUUGUUGUUAUUAGAAGGAUUAGAGAUGUAUAAGGAUGAUUGGAACAAGGUUUGUGAGCAUGUCGGCACUAGGACUCAAGAUGAGUGUAUUUUACAUUUUCUUCGUUUACCUAUUGAAGAUCCGUACUUGGAAGAUUUUGAAACUGGUAAAAACAUUCAUAUUUUAUGUGUUAAAUAAAAAAUUCAAAAUUAUUUUAUAAUUUAUGUUUCAUUUUUACUAGGUGGUGCUUUAGGUCCUUUAUCUUAUCAACCAAUUCCAUUUAGUAAAUCAGGAAAUCCCAUAAUGUCCACUGUUGCUUUCUUAGCAUCAGUAGUAGAUCCUAGAGUUGCUGCUGCUGCAGCUAAAGCUGCCAUGGAAGAAUUUGCUGCGAUAAGAGUAAAUUAUAAUAAUUUCAUUACUUUAUUAUUAAAUGAUUUUAUAAAAUCAAAAUAUUUUUUUUUAGGAUGAAGUGCCUUCAGCAUUAAUGGAUGCUCAUGUUAAGAAUAUUGAAGCAGCAACCACUGAUGGAAAGUAUGAUCCAGCAGUAGGACUUUUACAGGUAAUACACAAAUAUUAUAUAGUGUAAUUUUAUUCAUAACAAACUAUAACACUGUUUAGAGUGGAAUUGCGGGUACGUAUCCAGAAAAAGAAGAAGAAAGUGAAAAAGUGAAAAAAGAACCUGAAGAGGUCAAAGAUACAUCAAUGACUUCAGAAAAUGAAGAAGGUGGUUCAGAAAAAGAUAAAGAACAACCUAUGGAUGUUGACAAAAAGUCCUGUAUAGAAAAUAUAGCAAGUACACAGUCAACUACAAAUCGUACUACAGAAGAAGAACCUGAACGGAUAGUUAAGGUUAGCUAUAUUAGCUAAGUAGAAUUUGAUUUUUUAAGAAAUUUAAUUUUUAAUUUUUCAAAAUUCUUAGGACUCUGAAGUACAAGCUGCUGCUGCUGCUGCUUUGGCCGCAGCUGCUGUAAAAGCCAAACAUUUAGCAGCUGUUGAAGAACGAAAAAUAAAAUCUUUAGUUGCAUUAUUGGUUGAGACUCAGAUGAAAAAACUAGAAAUAAAGUUAAGACAUUUUGAAGAAUUAGAGACAACUAUGGAAAGGGAGCGUGAAGGUUUAGAAUAUCAGAGACAACAAUUGAUACAAGAGCGACAACAAUUUCACUUAGAACAACUAAAAGCAGCUGAAUUUAGAGCUCGUCAACAAGCACAUCAUAGAUUACAAGCGGCUGGUGUUCCUCCUCCUGUACCUAACCCGGAAAAUGUGGCUCCUGCAUCACCUGCACCACCUAUAGCCACAUAAAAUAUGCAGUUCCAGAAUUACAAAGCCUUAUAAUGUGAGUUAUAAUAUAAGCAUGAACAUAUAAUUAUUAUUAAAUUUAAUAUCUGGGCUCAGAAGUUAUACCUAUUUUCUUGGUGAAUCCUAGAAAAUUCUCACUACAGAAAAAAUUAGUUCCAAAAAAAUUGAUGUCUUACUAAAAAAGGUUUUGGGCCUUUUUUUCUACUUAUAGUUUUCAGAAUGAUUUUGUCAAGUUACAAUAUUUAUACUGGGUUUUAUUGGAUUUCAAUAAUUUUUAUAUUAUUAAAUGUCACUAACAUUUGACAUAGUUGUAUUAAUUGCAUUUCAUUUUAAAAGCAAAGUCUUUAACUUGGUGUUAUUAUUAGACAUUUUUUUUUUUUAUUGUGUUUGGACCAACAGCAAUGGAGGUUAUGUUUCACAAUACUUCCCCACCGUUGCCAUCGUUUAUUAAAAAAUUGCUACUAAUAUAUAUUUUAAAUCCUGUUUUCUUAGCGGGGUUGGUUCACUUAUACAGGUAAUUAUCAAAACUGUAUAAUAAAAGUAAUAGUAAUUCUAUGUUCAACUUAACUAAAUUAACACUAUACACUAUGAGUAUUCCUGACCUGGUUCGUGGACCUGAUAGUCUAGAGAUUUAUCCUACUCUUUCUCAUUGUGACCCGGUAUUAUUAAAAUUUAAGUACCAGAAUUUUACCUAAACGAAUUCUAAAAAUAUACAACUGUAAAAAUACUUUGUUUUAUUUAGUGAUUAUUUAAACAUUUUAAUUCUAUAAACUAAUGAAAUUAAAUAAUAAUACUACACACUUACAAUGCAUAUAACUUAAUGUAAAAAGUUAAUUUAAUUCUAUUAUAAUAUAUUAUGUUAACAGGUAUAUUAUUGAAUGUGGUCUAUUUGAAUUCUGGAAUAGUCGCCAAUUAUAUAAAAUCGGUGGAUGUUUUGUAAGUACCUUAAUAUUUGCGUGUAAAUAUUAAAUUUUUUCAUAGGGACUUACUGUAAUAGUAAGUAUUAUAUAAAUUUAUUCUAGAUACUAAAUAGAAAUAUUUAUUGACUUAUAUUGUUAGGGAGAUAAACAAAUUGUAUUUUAAUUGGUUUUAAUGUUAAAAUUGAAAAAAAAAAAAAAAAAAACAAUUUUGUAUUUUUUGUGUUCUGAUUUUGUUUCAUAUAUGUAAUAUAGUUCCGAGCAUCCCAAAACUACUUAGUAUAAUUGUUUUUGUAUGGUUUAAUACAAAUAAAAUGUACAUACAUUUUGUAUUAGAAAUGUAAUAUAUAUAUUCUUAUACAUAAAAGUUUUAAAAUUAUAAUACAUUUUUUUUAAAUUUUUUUUUAUUUGUAUUUUGAAAAGAGAAAAUUAUAAAUUUUAUAUAAUAUAUAUAUAUAUAUAUAUAUACAGGUGAUAAUAAUAUUAUUACUUGUAUUGAUACUGUAUUUCCACGAUAUCUGAAGUCAUAUACUAGUAAGCAGUAACUCCUGAAAACUUACAACUUGAUGCCAGAUCACUAUCUUCUUAUUAACCUUGUCUAUGUAAUCAUCAAUUAUUUGUAUUGGAUUUAGUAAACUAAUUUUACUAUUUUAUGUUUAUUAAUAUUUUUAACAAUUAUUGUAAAACAAAUUUAUAAUUAAUUUUAAUACAAAAUAUUUUUUUUAAUAUCUACCUACCUAUACAAAUUUAUUUUGAGCCAACACUGUAUGAUGUAGCAUUUUUAUAUUUAAAUUAAGAAAGUAAAUUAGUGUAAAUUAUUGCUACAAGAAACCAAAAUAAUAAUUUAAAUUUUAUGAUUAAGAAUUUGUUUUAUUUGGCAAUCAUUUCUGAAAAUACCUAUUUAAUUUAAAAUAAUCACUUUUCGGGAAUUUAAUAAUGAUAAUUAUUUAAGGAAUAUGUAUUUAUUAUGUAAAGAAUUAUAAGUAAUUGACCUAAGAACAAACAAACCAAC